GGAAGAAAAUAAAGUCACCUGACCGAGAGGAAACCCGGAGGGGGAAGUGACGUGCGGCAGACAGGGAGAAAGACGGGGACAGACAAACCCUUCCUCCUGGAAGGGAUCCGAGGCCGAGAUGUGCCUUGCAUUCAUGGAAUGUCACAUUCAGAGGAAUCAGCAUAUUGGAAUAGGCAAACUGAAUAGCAUUUACCCUCAGUUUAAAUAUCAGAUGCAGCUGCAGGGAAGAGCAAUUGGAAAAAAUAACAGGUACUGGAAAUGGUACUAAAGUCACUUGAUCUUUUCCAACAUGGUCACAAGGCCACUAGUUGCAACAGCGGCCCAGUCCUGGCGCUGGGUUUGUUGUUACCCGGCCCCACCCGGGCAGUCAUGAACGGGAGUGCAGUGCCCCUGUCGCCAACUGGGGGAGGGAUGGUGGGGGAACCCGCCUCUCUUCCCUCUCCGGGUUGGCGGGAAUUCUGCGAGGCUCACGCUCGCGCUGCCGCGGUGGACUUUGCCCGCCGCUUUCGGGCCUUCCUGGGUGAGAACCCCCAGUUUGCCACGCCAGGAGCUGAAGCUGCCUUCUCUCGCCGUUUUGCCGAGCACUUCCUGGAACACUUCGAGGCGGAGGUGAGCCGGGCCUAUGCCAGCGACUCGCCGCCCCGGUGCGACAUCGCCCCCUUCACCGGCUGCUCCUCCGCGCGUGACCUCUCCGAGACGUGCAGCGACUCCUCCGUGGCCUCCCCUGUGGAGCCUCCCCUGGGGCCGCCCUCUGGCCUCUCAAGCAGCCAGUCUCGUAGCUCCGAAGACGUUUCCACCGCAACAGCCGUGACGGCCACCAAACCAAAGCUGAAGAAGCGCUUCUCCCUGCGCAACGUGAGCCGCAGUGUACGGGGCAGCGUCCGGGGCAUCCUGCAGUGGAAGACCUCGGCCGAGUCGCCCCCUGGCAGCGCGGAUGGGGUGACCACCGGAGCCAACAGCAAUUCCAACUCUUCAGGGGGUGGUGACUCCGAGCGCUGGACUCACCGCUUCGAACGCCUGCGGCUCAACAAAGCCUCCCCAGCCACCCUCCGCGUAGAACUGGCCAGCGUGCGGCGCGAGGGCCUGCUGAACUACAUUGUGGCCGACGACGGGGCAGGCGGGGGCAGCCGGACACGCUGGCAGAAAUGCCGCCUUCUCCUGCGCAAAGCAAGGAAGGGGGAGGGGGAGGGUUACCUCUUGGAGUUCUACAUCCCACCAAAGGCAUCCAAGCCGCGGGUCAGCAUCGCCUGCUCUUGUGUAGUGGACGUGCGGACAACGACCCCCUUGGAAAUGCCAGACAAAGAGAACACCUUUGUGCUCAAGCUGUCAAGCUCCUUGGAGUACAUCCUUGAGACGGUUGACUCGCUGCAGAUGCGUUCCUGGUUGGCUGACAUUCAGGAAUGCAUGGGCCUCAGAGAGAGCACUGAUAGCCUGGAACAGCCGUGUAUGAACCACUCGGAGAGCAUGCCCAGCCGCGAGCUUCCCAUGGUGCCGAGUGAGAGCAGCGAUCAGCUCAGCCAAGGUGCCUAUGGCGGACUGAUGGAACGCCCCUCAGCCUCCAUGUCCCCCAGCUCCGUCUCCAUUGCUGCCUCCCACUUUGACUCAAUGGAGCUGCUGCCUCCUGAGCUGCCACCUCGAGUGCCGAUUGACGAAGGGCCGUUUCCCAUGGGGCUCCUCCACACGACCUUCCCUGAAACCCCGGACACCACAGGUUCCUUCCUUUUCCAAGGGGAGCCCGACCCAGGCGGGGGAAGCCUUGGCGAGACAGACCACCCUCUUUCCGAAUACCCCUGGUUCCACGGCACCCUGUCCCGCCUCAAAGCGGCCCAGCUGGUGUUGGCAGGGGGAGCCAGCAGCCACGGCGUUUUCUUAGUGCGGCAGAGUGAGACACGGCGCGGGGAAUACGUCCUGACCUUUAACUUUCAGGGGAAGGCGAAGCACCUGCGCCUCUCCCUUAACGAAGACGGGCAAUGUCGGGUACAGCACCUCUGGUUCCAGACCAUCUUUGACAUGCUGGAGCACUUCCGGGUCCACCCCAUCCCCCUCGAGUCGGGCGGCUCCAGCGACGUGACGCUCGUCAGCUACGUGGUUGCUUCGCAGAGGCUGCACGAACCGAACACCUCUCGUAACCUGCCGCCGCCUCCGCUCCCCCCAGCUCGGCCGCCUCUCGCUCCCCCUGACCGCGGAUUGCCAGAGUCUGAGGAGCAGGCAGAGGAGGAGGGCCAGAUGGUGGAGCCAGAGGUGGACGAGGCAGCGGCCACAAGAGGAGGAGGAGGAGGAGGAGGAUCCCUUCCCCUCCCGGAGGAAUCAGAAGGACGAGCCCGGGCUGUGAACAACCAGUACUCGUUUGUCUGAGCCCCGUGAAUAUGAGCCAGAGAAGGACACGAGCCCUUCUGGUGCCCAUCGCCGGGGGAGACCUGGCCUUGGCCCACGGGUGCAAGAUGGGCUCGAAUACCCAAAAGACUUCUAUGCUUCCCUCUGUAACCUUUGGGGGGUGAGGACUGGCCUUGCCCCCACAGUCCCAUUCUCCCCCACCCCAUCGCCCCAUUCCCUUGGGUAUGGAGCAAACCCCACUUCUGCUUGCCCCGAAAACAUAGGUACGAGACCUUCCUCCUGGUUUCGUGAUCCCAACUUGCGACAGAUUGGUACGCACUACUUCUAGCCCCGUCUUGGGUACUAAGGAAACGGGCCUGCUCUUUCUCCUCUUCCCUUCCUCCUCCUCCUCCUGCCCCUGUGCCCAAAUCUCUGCAGUUGGGCAGGAGUAAUAGCUCACUGUAAACACUACAUGGAGGGGUGGGUGGGAGUGGGGUGGUCUGCCCUUCUGACUCCAGACACAGUCUUUUGCACCCCUGCCCUUCUUUGCUGAAUGUAUGGAGUCUCCGAAUGUAACGUCCUCGUCCUCCCCAUCUCCUCUCUUGGGGCGAUGGGGAGGGGGAGGCCAGCUCCCUCUUCCCUGGUUGGAAAUAUAUUUAUAUUCUUUCGUCUCUCUCCUUCUUCUUCCCCCUCGCCCUACCCACCCCGGCUUGGGGACUGGCCACGCAUUAUAAAGUCUACACUACCCCAGGUAAAAAUUUAAAAUGUUAUGAAUAUACACCUUUCACAGGUACUGUCCCCUCCUCUUGUUCCUGCUGCACCCCCCCCCCCCACCUUAAGAUUUAUUUUUCUACUGUGGACUAGGUGGACUGCUCAGGCCCUCUCUGUCUCUUCAAUUCUCUCUUUUCUUAAAAUUUGCGCUGAGGUACCGUUUGUUCAUCUGUGUCUUUUUUUUUUUUUGAUUAAUUUUUUUUGGGGGGGAGAGUUUGUAUGAAAAUAAAGGAAAUGUCAUUUUA